UCCUUAACCAACAAAACAACCAAAAACUUUCAAACAAUCAUUAACUAGCUCUGUUUGCUCUCCGGACAAUCCUCACAAUCUCUCUCGCAACUCUCUCGCUCAGCAAGUAACUCGAUAACCGACAACAAUCAUCAACAACUACAACUCACACACACUGACUCCACACCAACCAACCAACAGCCAAAAUGCAGAUCCAAUCCGCCCUCGUCUCCCUCGCCCUCGUCGCCGGCACGGCCUCGGCCUACGAGCACGUCUACACCAACGGCACCUACACCAUCACCAAGGUCUGGGACGCCGUCACGACCUACUGCCCCCAGCCCACCACCCUCUGCUUCAACAACCGCACCUACACCAUUGACCAGCCCACCACCUUCAUCAUCCCCGACUGCCCCUGCACCCAGACCUACACCACCAACAAGUGCUCCGAGUGCCAGCACCCCACCGGCUACGUCGUCCCCAACCCGCCCGCCCAGACCGACGUGCCCCCCGCCGUCCCCACCCAGACCGGCCUCAUCACCUGCCCCGGCAGCCCCAACUGCCCGCCCGGCGCCUCGGGAUCCGUCCUGCCCCCUGCUCAGACGGGCUCCGCCGGCAUCGUCUGCCCCGGUAGCCCCAACUGCCCUCCCGCUGCCUCCGGCGGCGCUGGUGGAUCUGGUGGUGCUGGUGGAUCCGGUGGUGCUGGCGGAUCCGGCGGUGCUGGUGGCGCCGGCGGUGCUGGCGGUGCUACCCCCAGCCAGACCGGCGCUCUCGUCUGCCCCGGCAGCCCCAACUGCCCCGCCACCGGCACCGCUGGCACCAACGGCACCAAGCCUACCACCGUCGUCGUCGCUGGCGCCGAGAAGAACGCCGCUGCUGCUGGUGUUGCUCUCGUUGCCGGUGUCGUUGCCGUUUUGGCUCUGUAAAGGGGUCGAAAGCUUUUGCUUGUCCUUCUUGGCUGGCAAUAGUUACCGAUUUUUGCAUGGCUUUUCCUUCCUCCUUGGAAACUCGAGUUGCACCUGUUCUCUUCUUUGUCGAACCGUUUUGGUAAUGGGGAGAGACUUCCAAAGAGGAGAAGAGGGAGGACCUAGAGACCCCAUGUUGUCGUGGGCGAGAGGCUAGAGGACGGGAGUGAAGUGAAGCCAGAUUCGCCUGCGCCUUCUGCACUCCUGAACCUUUUGUUUUUUUCGUCUCCUUCACCAGAGUUGAGAAGGUCUCUUCGCUUCUCCUCUUACAAUCGUCAUCUCUUCCUUGCGGACGGGUUUUGAGAAAGA